AACCCCACCCAGCCCACAGACCCUUCUGGUCUGCAGCUGUCGCCCUUGGUCCAGACGCCUCCGCUGCUGGCUGGAGAGGGGCUUGGGCCAGGUGUGUCCAGUGUGUGACCGCAUCCUCCUCCAGCCGGAUCGUCCUCCUUCCUCGCAGCUAUGGCGGUGACAGUGUCUACUCAAACGCUGACCCAGCCUCUGGGCCUCCUUCGCUUGCUCCAGCUGCUGUCCACCUGCGUGGCGUUCUCAUGCGUGGCCCACGUGGGUGCCUGGAUGGGGCCCAUGGGCAACUGGUCCAUGUUCACCUGGUGCUUCUGCUUCGUCGUGACGUUCAUCAUCCUCUGCGUGGAGGUGUGCGGCUGCCAGGCCCGGUUCCCACUGUCGUGGCAGAAUUUCCCCAUCACCUACGCCUUAUACGCUGCCCUCUUCUGCCUGUCGUCCUCCAUCAUCUACCCCACCACCUACGUGCAGUUCAUGUCCGAGGGCAGCACCCGCAACCACGCCAUCGCCGCCUGCACCUUCUCCUGCAUCGCCUUCCUGGCUUAUGCCACUGAAGUGUCCUGGACCCGAGGGAAGUCCACAGGCUACAUGGCCACUAUACCCGGGCUCCUCAAGGUGCUGGAGACGUUCGUAGCCUGUAUCAUCUUCGCUUUCCUCAGCAACGCCGGCCUGUACCAGCGUCACGAGGCCCUGGAGUGGUGCGUGGCGGUAUAUGCCAUCUGCUUCAUCCUGGCAGCGGUCACCAUCCUGCUGAACCUGGGGGACUGCACCAACGUGCUGCCCAUUGCCUUCCCCACCUUCCUGACAGUCGUGGCCGUCCUGUCCUUCCUCAUGUACGCCACCGCCAUGAUCAUCUGGCCCCUCUACCAGUUUAAUGAGAAUUACGGCGGCCAGAGCCGGCGGCUGAAGGACUCGUACUGUGCCUACCGCCACCCGCACUCCGUGUGCAACUGGGAUCGCCGGCUGGCCGUGGCUCUCUUAACAGGAGUCAACCUGCUUGCGUACCUAACCGACCUGGUGCACUCCACCCGUGUGCUGGUCAUCAAGUGAGCUGCAGUCAGAGGGCGUCCCACGGCUCUGCCCCUCCUCUCUGUUCUUUGCUCCCCUCUGUUUUUUGGUUUGGUUUUGUUGGUACUGAUCGCUGAGUCUUUAUUUCCCCUUCUUUUCCUUCAUCCUCUGAAUUUUCUUCCUGGGGUCUUUUUUCUUUUCCUCUCCUUUUUUCUCUGCUCUGUGUUUAGUCACAUCUUGUUUUGCAUACCUUUCUUCUUCCUCCUCCUCCUCUUCAUCUUUCUCCUUCCCCUCCUCCUCCUCCUUCCUCCUUCCUGUUUUCUCAUCUGCCUCUUCCUUGGGAGCCGUGGGACUUCCUGCUCUGCCCUCUCCCACCCCACCUCAAAGGUGCUGGCUUACACACCCCACAAGCUUUCGAAGCUCUUCAUGCCAUGAGCCUCCCUAGGGGCUCCCUCAUUGCCAAAGCAUGCCUGCCUGCCCUAGCUGUGCCUUAGUUUGUGUGUAUCUGUGAGCGUGUGGGGUAGGGGUGGGUGGGGUGGGCAGCAAGGGGUGGGUGCCUUUUCUCCCACUGGAGGAGGGUUUACAGUGCAUCUCCCCUUUAAGUU